GGGGGGCUCACUUCACCUAAAACUACAGCCUACAGUAGCUAUCUCUGGGGGGUUUACCUACGUAAUCUUGUCUCUGCUUUUCCAACUCCAUUCGUGGCCACGCAAACCUCACAUCCAUCACAAUCCGUCUGCCUUCAACGCGAUCUUCCUCUUAAGCUGCUGCCUAGCUUUAUCUCUAUUCUACUUUAAAACUCGAUCGACCUCGAAUCAUCACCGGCGCAAACCUCAGCAGCAACACCCUUCUCCCCUAAGACAUCAUGAACAUGGAGCCCUCCGACAUCUUUCGCAUUGUCAACUUGGCAGUUGGUGUCAUCGUCAUCCUCGGUGGUAUCGUCUCCAUCUUCUCUUUCAGCCUUCAGCCCAUCAUCCUGGGUGCUUACAUGAUCGUCUUUGGUCUUGUUACUGGGCUUCUUGAGUUCCAAAUCCCCCCUCAAGUUUCUCGACAUGCGUCGUUCAUGUUCUCCUUCAUCGGCCGUGGUGUUUUCUACAUCUUCCUCGGCUCUCUGAUGGUCAGCGACAGUGUUCUCAGCAAGAUCGCCGGUAGCAUUGUGGGCAUCACCGGUAUUGCCUACGUCGCUCUCGAGUUCGUUCCCUCCAUCGAGCCCCCUGCCAACAUGCGCGAGGCCGAAGACGCUGGCUGGGGUGCCGAGCAGGUCUAGAAAGCCGAUCAGCCAGUACUGUCUCGCACGAUCGACUCUCCAGACAUGAGUGCAUAGCACUUUCGCGACGAUCAUUCGAACACCAUACGAAUGGUAGCGUGAAUGCGCAAACACGCGGUGAACCUGAAACGUAGAGGAUAAGACUACAUGAAGUCUAGUUUUGAAAGAGUUGGGGAGGAAGAAACUGUGUAUUAUAGGAUUCGCAGGUAGGAAGGAGUUGAAGAUGCGACUCACUGAACGAAAUUAUAAACGAGGUUCAAAUGCUAGUAGUUUGAGGAUGUUGAAAACAUGAACGCGCCGAGCGAUCAGAGUUGAAAAUUUGCUGGGAUCGAAUAUUGUAUUGUCUAGUAUACCAUAUGCUCCCUAACAUGCCAUGAUAUUCAAACGCCAU